AAGGCGGGGCUGUGGGGACCAAAAGAGAGAAAAGGGGGAUGAGAGGGUGAGAGGGAACAGCUUCCAGGGAGCUGCUCCAGAGACCACACAGGGAAAGGCUUUGCUAGAGCAAUAAACCUGGUAUUUUUCAAGGACCAGAAGGACUGCGGUGAAGCCAUGAAGCGCCUGCUGAUCUCCCUGGCCUUAUGGCUGGGCAUGGUGGGCAUACACGGGACGGAGCUGGAGCUCAGCGAGACACAGCGCAGGGGCUUACAGGCGGCCCUGGAGGAGUUCCACAAACACCCACCCGUGCAGUGGGCCUUCCAAGAGGUCGGGGUGGACAGCGCUGACGACAUGCUCUUCUCAGCCGGCACCUUUGUGAAGUUGGAAUUUAAGCUCCAGCAGACCAGCUGCCUCAAGAAGGACUGGAAAAAACCCGAGUGCAAAAUCAAACCAAACGGGAGAAAGCGGAAAUGCCUGGCCUGCAUCAAAUUGGACCCCAAGGGUAAAGUUCUGGGCCGGAUGGUCCACUGUCCGAUACUGAGGCAAGGGCCUGAGGAGCCUCAGGAGGCCCAGUGCACUAGGGUAGCCCAGGCUGGCGAGGACCCCCGUAGCUACUUCUUCCCUGGACAGUUUGCCUUCUCCAGGUCCCUGCAGCCCAAGUAAGCCCUGCACAGAACUCCAUCUUCCUGUGCAGCUGUGGCAGCACCCAGUGGCAGCACACCGGCCCCCAAAGAUGAAAUAUUCCAAGCUAAUAAAAUCGCUGAGUCUGUUCACUUCCAA